AUUACGUCAUGUUUAUCACGUGACUUUCCGUCACAGAAAAAGAAAUGGCUGAUCUGGGUCGGUGUCGUCUGCUUACGAAAGAAAUUCUGAAGAACGAAUUGAUCAAUUCAAUCACGUACGUUUGCGUGGAUUGCGAUGGCGUCUUGUGGCGGGCGAAUAAUGCCAUCCCUGGAUCGUCGGAAGCGCUAUCUUUGUUUCGAAAACUUGGUAAGAAAGUGCGCUUCGUGACCAACAACAGCUCGAAGUCACGGCACGGGUACCUCGCCAAGAUGCAUCAGUUGAAAUUCGAAGCGAGCCUCGAUGAAAUAAUUACGGCGCCCUACUGCGUCGUGCUUCACCUGAAGCAACUGAAUUUCACCGGAAAAAUUUAUCUCGUUGCCAGCACCGGUCUUCGCGAUGAACUCAAUGAAGGGGGAUUUACGACGCUGCCUGUCGGACCGGACGUAACUGGCCCAGACUGGCUGAAGUUUUGUCUGGAAGAAGUGAAGAUCGAACCUGGCGUGAAGGCUGUCGUCUGUGGCUUUGAUGAGCACUUCAGCUUCAACAAGUGCCUCAGGGCUGCAACCUACCUGAAAGACAAGGACUGCCUUUUCCUUGCCACUAACACAGACGAGACGUACCCGUGCACCAACAUGGACAUCGUUGUACCCGGGUCCGGCUCCAUGCUGGCAGCGGUCCGCACAGCCGCCUUGCGGAAUCCCACGGUUCUCGGAAAACCAGAGCAGCACAUGGUCGAUUGCAUCAAGUACGUGUGCCCUGACCUGGUGCCAGCAAAGACGCUCAUGGUUGGAGACAGGCUGAACACCGACAUCCUGAUGGGCUGUCGAGCUGGCAUGAAGACGCUUCUCGUGGGCUCCGGCAUCCAUCACCUGGAUGAUGUACGCAAGCUGGUGUCCGAAGGGAAGAACAAUGAAGUGCCCGACUUCUUUGUGCCCAAACUUGGCGACAUAGUGGAGAUGCUGGCGUAGGCAUCCAUGUCGCCGUGUCAUGCAAAGUAGGCAGAACUUUGGCUGCGGAAUCUCGCCGGACAGUAAUUCGUAGACGUUGCGUGCCACGUACGUUCAGCGUAAACCCGGUGGUAGUGUGUGUGCAUGGGGCAAGGAAUCGACAAAGCUUUAUUUGAAAGAUUGUCCUCACCUAAAAAUUGUCGGCAUUGUUUGCCUCCUCCCUAGUGACAGCCAGUAAAAGUGAGUCUGUGGCGUUUUCAAGUUGUUCUUGUGUACAAAUUUUAUGAUAGAUAUUUAUCAUAUUUAUCUGUAUUUACUUGUUACUUGGAGCAAAUAUUUGGGUCAUUGUACACGUCUCUCAACUUGUUGACACAAGGUUGUCAUGUGCAAAAAUAUAGACACGGAGUUCUCUCCCUUUGGAAGCUGUAAAAGCUCUUUUAGAAGAUAGAGACACUACAGGUUAAGAAUAAAUCAGUAAAGCAUAGUGGCAUUGAAUUAAGAGAGGUGGGCAACAGCUGUUGUUGCACGUUAAAGUGGAUUUGUAUAGCUGGGUUUGUGGACUGAUUAUGACAGCCUUCCGUACUUUAAGCUACCCAAACUAUAUUAGUUUAACCAUUGGAGUGCUAGACAUGUCUGCUUACUGCUUGGCAGAGGUUUUUCAAAGUGAAUCAGCUGUAACUUUUAUCCGAGUUUAGUAUGCCAGCAGGUUUAACAUUCAAAUGGUAUUUAUGAAGGCGAUAGUCAAGUAGGGCUCACGAGUAAAAAGUGGUACCAAAAGACACAUGUGGCACGUACCUGCAUCCCUUGGGUGGACCCUAAAGUUGAAUGUGAAUGAAAGGUGAAUUAAUGUAUCAAGUGUAUG